AUGACGAGAAUUUUAAUUCUGAACAGAUGUUUAGAUUGGCCUUGGACGAAGGCAACCUCCCAGUUUUUGUCUUCCCGCAAUCUGUCGCCUUUUACCUGGACGACCACAUCUCACACAAACAGAUUCAAAGUUUUGGGUACUGCUCCCCAGAAGUACCAUGUGGAUUCACCAGAGGGAGCUGUCAAAUCUAAAUGCUGUGUUGAUAUUGUAGUCAAGCAUCGGCAACCGAACAGAACAAAUGAAGGGAUCAAAGAUAAGUUUCUUCUACAACUCUACCAACAUGGACAUGGCAAGAAAGUUUUGGGAAAAAGGGAAGUGACUGCAGUCCUGUAUCCCUCACGGAGGUCAGCACCCAGCUCUCGACCAGAAGAUGAUUUCCAAACUUUGCCAGUUGGAGACAAAUCAGAUUUGCAACAAAGACCAGUCACUGGGGAUGAGCAACACACACUUACAAAAUGGCCAAGUAUGUUCCUUAUUUCUCUUGGAAUGAUUUGUAUAUCUAUCCUGAUGCUGCCAAAUGAAGGUUCAGAUGUUGAAUCUGUUUUGCCGUCAUUUCUUAAUGUGAGCGUCAAUCAAAAGUGUGUGGCUGCAUAUGUCCUUGGGGCAAUAACCAUGAUAUUACUAAAGACUUAUUCGUAA